ACAUGGCUGAGGACGAUUUGACUCCGGAGCAGCUAGCAGCCAUCGCUGCGGAGAACGACGUGGGCGAGACGGUCAACUACAAGCCCCCGGCCCAGAAGACCCUGCAGGAGAUCCAGGAGCUGGACCAGGACGACGAGAGCCUCCGGAAGUACAAGGAAGUUCUGCUAGGAGCCGGCGCUGCUGCUGUCGCUGGUGAGUGUGUGUGUUUCUGGCUCUGUGUGUGUUUCUGGUUGUGUAUUUGUCAUUGUUUUCUCAAUAAGUGUAUGGUGUGUGUUUGUAUGUGUGUCUACCUGGCGCCUGCUUAGUAUCUUUAUGGGUCAAUAAGACAGGGAGAAGGCUAUAGCUAAUACCCAGGGACUGUGUGUAUCUCAGAAUAAACAAAUGUUUAUUUAAUGUUGGGGCCCUUCAACUAAUGGAUAGCUGUCCUGAUUUCAGCUCUCACUGUGGGGCAGACCGUUGGACAGCUGGUUAUUACUGAUAGUAUACACGCAGUCCUCGUUCCUAAAUGUUGCCUCUAAGAAAAGGGCCUCUAAGAAGUCUUGGUCUGUACUAUCGAUUUAAAAGUUAUGUUUAAAUGGAGGCCUAGGUAAGGGCCAGAAGUUCACAGAUAUCCCUACUUGGAUGUUUUCAGUUCAGUUGUCAUUUAGACAACCAACCAUUUACAAAUACACUGCUCCAAAAAAUAAAGGGAACACUUAAACAACACAAUGUAACUCCAAGUCAAUCACACUUCUGUGAAAUCAAACUGUCCACUUAGGAAGCAACACUGAUUGACAAUAAAUGUCACAUGCUGUUGUGCAAAUGGAAUAGACAACAGGUGGAAAUAAUAGGCAAUUAGCAAGACACCCCCAAUAAAGGACUGGUUUUGCAGGUGGUGACCACAGACCACUUCUCAGUUCCAAUGCUUCCUGGCUGAUGUUUUGGUCACUUUUGAAUGCUGGCGGUGCUUUCACUCUAGUGGUAGCAUGAGACGGAGUCUACAACCCACACAAGUGGCUCAGGUAGUGCAGCUCAUCCAGGAUGGCACAUCAAUGCGAGCUGUGGCAAGAAGGUUUGCUGUGUCUGUCAGCGUAGUGUCCAGAGCAUGGAGGCGCUACCAGGAGACAGCCCAGUACAUCAGGAGACGUGGAGGAUGCCGUAGGAGGGCAACAACCCAGCAGCAGGACUGCUACCUCCGCCUUUGUGCAAGGAGGAGCAGGAGGAGCACUGCCAGAGCCCUGCAAAAUGACCUCCAGCAGGCCACAAAUGUGCAUGUGUCUGCUCAAACGGUCAGAAACAGACUCCAUGAUGGUGGUAUGAGGGCCCGACGUCCACAGGUGGGGGUUGUGCUUACAGCCCAACACCAUGCAGGACGUUUGGCAUUUGCCAGAGAACACCAAGUGGCAAAUUCGCCACUGGUGCCCUGUGCUCUUCACAGAUGAAAGCAGGUUCACACUGAGUACGUGACAGACGUGACAGAGUCUGGAGACGCCGUGGAGAACGUUCUGCUGCCUGCAACAUCCUCCAGCAUGACCGGUUUGUAGUGUGGUUUUCCACUUUAAUUUUGAGGGUGACUCCAAAUUGACAGCAAACCUAUGGUUAAGUAAGUAGGGUGUAAUUGUGUCAAGGUAGCUGUGGGUCAGUUACAUGAUUCAUAUGAACGUUCUUUGUCUGGUCUUGUUACAGAUCCCAGCGUUCCCAACGUCCAGGUGACACGGUUGACACUGAUGUGUGAGACUGCCCCGAACCCACUGACCCUGGACCUGCAAGGUGAGCUAUAAUACUGUAGUACUUAUUCACUGUAAGUCCUCUGAAAUGGGACCUAACAUAAUGAUGGACAUCUUAUCAUACGAGUGUUUCAAAACAUGGGGGAAAUUGUUCAGAGUGUGUAACUAACUGGCAUUGACAAACUGAUCUGUUAGCCCAUUAGAAAAAAAAGUAGUCUGUUCUUUCGACCGCUUGAAAUGUUUCAUUUUUAAACGUGUAGUUUGCUAUAUACAGACACGGUUGUAUAUGAAACACGACACAGUUGUAUAUUUCGCAGAUUCUGCCGUUACUCUCCUGAAGUUGCCGGUAAUAGGCUACAUGAGUAGUCGGCAACCUUUCUCAUGUGGAGUGCCAAUUUAUCUUACAUUUUCUACCUAUCUGCGUGCCAGUUAUGGUUUUCAUAUGCACAUUUUAGUGAAACAGUUUCAUUUCAUUUAUAAUAAUGUCUUCAUAUCUCAAAAUCAUUGUCAUGUGGUUAAUCUAAAUUCUAUCCAAAGGUAACUUCUAUUGCCAUUGCCAACUAUGUAAAAAUAGCCUACAUAAAGCCAACAAAUAAAAACAUUGCAGCCUACAAGUAGAAAAUAUCCUGAUAAAAAUAAAUAUCCUAUAAAUCAAAUUGGUUACACAUGGCCUGUUUGCAAUGAACGUGAAACAUUGUAUCAACUAUUAACUGGGUCUGGCCUGAAGCUUGCACUAGCGAACUUGCAACAUUGUAUAAAAUAUUCUGGGCCCUCAGAGUUUCCACGCCAAUGAGCUCGGGACAGACACAGCUGUAGGCUAUUUGCGCAAGGGAUAAGAAGCAGUGCUUGACUUGGGCAGGGGCUCAGCAGAGGGGAGUACAGGCACCUCAAAUAUUCUACUGUUUGAGCUCCUGUUCCUUUUAUAGAAUAUUAGCUCAAAACAAUUGUGGAGCUCCUGCACCUAAAUAUAAACAGUACCAGCACCCAAAAUGAGUACCGGAACCUAUUUCAGUCCAAGUCAAGCUCCACAGGUCAUUAGUGGUGGUGUGUUAAAUCAAUCAGAAAUACUAUUAGAUCCCCAAAUGGGCACAUUUAUAUGCCUACAUUUGCACACAGACCAGGUAGCCUAUAGGCCUACUUCUAUGCGUUCGUGUCCUUACUCAACAUUGACAGGAGCGCUCCAAACAAAAGACAAUGACUAAAUUGACAGAAGUCGUAAAUGGAAUUCAAUAAACCAAAAGUUGUUUCUCACAAGUGUAGCAUAGGUUGUGCACUCUGCAAACAACGUGUCCACUCCGACAAUGAGAACAGGAAGACUGGAAUAAUAAUAUUGAAUGCAUUAACAGAAAUGACCAUAACCAAAGUAACAAACAUUGUAGAUUAGGAAUUAAUGGUAAAUGUACUACUGGUGAUAUAUGUAAUGGGGAAUUGACAUACACUUACAAUGAAACGCAAACAAUUCACACAAUGAAACAAUUAAUGUGCACAAAUUGGCGAGAGAGCGCAUUCUGGAGAGAGAAGUGCAUUGUGCAUCUGGGCGCAUGGUCAAUCCAACGUCUGCAUUGGCCAUACAGCAUUUACUGUGAUAUGGCCUCAGCAGAAGUCAGGGCAAGAAUGGCCUCAGCAGAAGUCAGGGCAUUCAUACUUCUUGCGCUUCGCGGAGCACUGCAGAGCUGUUGUCAAGGAAGUGAGUUUGUGUUUAUAUACAGGAUGUACUGCCCCCACCUACCAUCAACCAAUCAUGUCAAUACGGAGCUAUACAGAGUCCUCCGCAUUGUUACAACAUUUGGGAGGCGCAUGGCUAUGCGGUACAUAGCUCGAUUUGGCCUCUGCAUGCCUCUGGAGGCUCCACAAUUGCAUCAAACCCUCCACAUUUUCGAAUCAAGCAUAAAUUGGCUUUUAGUCUAGUGCUCUGCAAUGGAUUAGUUCUCUGAGAUGGGCGCAAUUUUUAAAAAAUAUAUCUAUAUCAGUGCCUUCAGAAAGUAUUCAGACCCCUUGACUUUUUCUACAUUUCGUUAAAGCCUUAUUCUAAAAUUGAUAAAUAAAUAAAUAAACAAAUGCCUCAGCAAUCUACACACACUACCCCAUAAUGACAAAGCAAAAACAGGUGUUUAGAAAUGUUUGCUCAUUUCAACAAAAACAGAAAAUAAAAGUAAAAUAUCACAUUUACAUAAUUACUCAAACCCUUUACUCAGCACUUUUGGCAGCGAUUACAGUAUCGAGUCUUCUUGGGUAUGACACUACAAGCUUGGCACAUCUGUAUUUGGGAGUUUCUUCCAUUCUUCUCUGCAGAUUCUCUGAAGCUCUGUCAGGUUAGAUGGGGAGCAUUGCUGCAGAGCUAUUUUCAGGUCUCUCCAGAGAUGUUAAAUCGGGUUCAAGUCCGGGCUCUGGCUGGGCCACUCAAGGACAUUCAGAGACUUGUCCCGAAGCUACCCCUGCGUUGUCUUGGCUGUGCUUAGGGUCUGAAUGCUUAUGUAAAUAAGAUAUUUCAGUUUUUAAUACAUUUGUAAAAAUUUCUAAAAACUUGUUUUUGCUUUGUCAUUAUGGGUUAUUGUGUGUAAAUUGCUAACGAUUUUUAUUUAUUUAAUCCAUUUUAGAAUAAGGCUGUAACGUAACAAAAUGUGGAAAAAGUCAAGCGGUCGGAAUACUUUCCGAAUGCACUGUAUGUGUUACUGCUCGACUAAAACAAUCUCUGUCGAUCAAUAGCCUAACGACCAAACAAUCGACCAGUCGACUAAUUGGGGUCAGCCCUAUAGCCCAUGUUCUAAGAAAAUACCUGCUACUGUCACCUGACUCUCUUGAGGAUGUGAGCAAUAGACCUUGUGCUGCUGAACAGAAUGAGCUGAGACAUCCUGAAUGAGGCAGGCCAGUGCCAGUAAAAAUGUGUUCAUCACACUCGUAUGUACUUGUAGUGACGACUGGCGGUCAUAAACGAACACUGAGAAAGGGUUCCUGAGGAACAGUUUAAAACAGCCACUCGUGUCAGAAGUAACAUGCUGGAAACUGUGAAUGAAUGGAAAUAAAUUAAAAGGGUAUUUUGAACAUUUCAAAGCCUUAGCUCAUGGUCUUUCCAUGUACAGCACAUAUAGCAAAUUCUGGGGAGAAAACUGGUUCGAUGCCAUACAUCAUGGGGGGAAACGAGGAGAAUACUAACUGUAAGUCGCUCUGGAUAAGAGCGUCUGCUAAAUGACUAAAAUGUAAAUGUAAUACUGUAUUGCUUCUAUUGUUUCCCCAGUCCAGUCUGUUACACUGCUAGAUGUUGAGGGAGAGUGCUACAGCACUGCUAGAAGACAGUAUUAAAAACCCUAAUUAAGUUUGCUAAUGAGGCAUUGUCACCGCUGGGCUGAGAUAAUGACCCCUGCUGAGGUGUCAGAGCUGCCUAGGACUCCACAUGGCUGUUAAAGACACCAUGCUCUCACACUCCACACUGGGGCCCUGUAGCCAGUAGUCCCCUGCUGCAUGCCCUAGUUUGUGUGUGUGAGUUGGAGAAACCUUAUUGUUUUUUUCCCUCAUUGUCUCUCUAACAGGAGAUCUGGAGGCCUUUAAGAAGCAGUCCUUUAUCCUGAAGGAGGGAGUGGAGUACAGAAUAAAGAUCAGCUUCAAAGUGAGAGCACAGUUCUGAUCUUUUGCAGUGGUCCUUGCUGACAUGUAAAGGUACAGGUAACUGCCAAAAUAAAGGAAACACCAACAUAAAGCGUCUUAAUAGGGUGUUGGGCCACCACGAGCCAAAACUUUGGAAUAGAUUCUACAAGUGUCUGGAACUCUGUUGGAGGGAUACGACACCAUUCUUCCACGAGAAAUUCUGUCAUUUGGUGUUUUGUUGAGGGUGGUGGAAAACGCUGUCUCAGGCGCCGCGCCAGAAUCUCCCAUAAGUGUUCAAUUGGUUUGAGAUCUGGUGACUGAGACGGCCAUGGCAUAUGGCUUACAUCGUUUUCAUGCUCAUCAAACCAUUCAGUGAUCACUCGUGCCCUGUGGAUGGGGGCAUCCUACAGGGGCAUAGCAAUGGUAGCCAAAAUAAUGGCCUGCCCAGCAUUUUUAUGCAUGACCCUAAGCAUGAUGGAUGUUAAGUGCUUGAUUAACCCAGGAGCCACACCUGUGUGGAAGCACCUGCUUUCAAUAUACUUUGUAUCCCACAUUUACUCAAGUGUUUCCAUUAUUUUGGCAGUUACCUGUACAAUAUGUAAGUUAUUGCAUAAUUUACCUGAAAUAAAACAAAAGAGAUUAAAUGUAGUUCAAUUCACGCAAAUGAAAGCUGUUUGUAUAAAGACCCCCUCAGUUCCCUAAAAAGGCAGUCGCUAUACUCCCCCCCCCCCCCCCCCCCCCCCCCCCCCCAGUUAUUGUAUUUUUCAGAUUUCAUAUAAUGCUUGUUGCCAUGGUUCACAAGGUCUUUAAAUUGCCUAUUUCUGUCAGAUGAGCUUGCGAUAAGCUAGAUUGAUUUUCCAUGCCACUAACAAUGCCUCUGUCUCUGCAGGUAAACAAGGAGAUUGUCUCGGGACUCAAGUAUGUCCAGCAGACCCACAGGAAAGGAGUGAGAAGUGAGUGCUUGCUGCUUCCUAUCCCUCUUGUUUGUUCCCUCCUGACCGCCAUCUCAACCGCACAGGCCUUCCUCCCAUAGUAAAUGUGGGAAAUGAUGACCUAGACUCAAGCAAAUGUUGACAUCAACGUUGAAGUUUCCCACUACCAUCAGUUUCUGCAGAUGCCCUGUUAAUGGAAUGUACAAGGUGAUACAUUGUCAUGGUUUCCAAAUGUUGGUCCUAACAGAAUUGAAGAGAUAAGUGGCAUGAUGCCACAUCAACACCGUUGCUUUAGACAAUAAGGGAAUCAGUUUAAAUGAAUUAGUUCAACGAAGAGCUGUAAACACUUAAGGCCUGUAGAGACUACCAUUGUUUAAUGACGUUGACAGACAGCCCCGGCCCACACACUGCCUUCCCUUUUUAAUCUGCCAAGAGAAACAGGCAGAAGGGCCAGGGCCUGAAAUUGAGAUAUUGUUUGAAACCGGAUGCACAAGUCAAGGCUGAAAAACAGACAACACUGUCAAUAGAGAUAUUAUUGAGAAAUUGCUUUGGGAUGCUUUCAUCUCAUGUUUUUACUGAGCAGAGGGGCAGGGCGUGAAAAAUGUUUGUUUGAAACUGGAUGCAAGUCGAGGCACGAAACAGCCUGUUGUGUCAAUUGCUUUAUUAGUGAGUCGUGUUUUGUGAGGCUUAUCGAGAAAUCAAAAUAAAUUAGAGCAGGCCUCCCGAGUGGCGCAGCGGUGUAAGGCACUGCAUCGCAGCGCUUUAGGCGUCACUACAGACCCGGGUUCAAUCCCAGGCUGUAUCACAGCCGGCCGUGACCGGGAGACCCAUGAGGCGGUGCACAAUUGGCCCAGCGUCGUCCGGGUUAGGAGAGGGUUUGGCCCAUCGCGCUCUAGCGACUCCUUGUUGCGGGCCGGGUGACUGCAAGCUGACUUUGGUCGCCAGCUGGACUGUGUUUCCUCCGACACAUUGGUGCGGCUGGCGAGCAGUGUGUCAAGAAGCAGUGCGGCUUGGCAGGGUUGUGUUUCGGAGGACGUAUGGCUCUCGACCUUCGCCUCUCCCGAGUCCGUAGGGGAGUUGCAGCGAUGGGACAAGACUGUAACUACCAAUUGGAUAUCACGAAAAAGGGGUAAAAGUACAAACAAACAAAAUAAUAAUGGAGCAAAACAGUCAGUUGUUUUUCAUUAGUCCUGUUUAUUGAUAACUUUCUUCCCAGAGAGCUAGUAUUUUCUCCAAGUAGUUACUCCCUGUUUCAUUCAGGUUUUCCGUUUAGUGCCUAAUGAACACCACCCUGUAUUUCUUGUCCUCCCUGGUGAUUCAAACACCCCAUCUUUUCUCUCGGUCUCUGUAGUUGACAAGUCAGACUACAUGGUGGGGAGCUACGGGCCGAGGCCGAAUGAGUACGACUUCCUGACCCCGCUGGAGGAGGCUCCUAAAGGCAUGCUGGCCCGCGGCACCUACAACAUCAAGUCCAAGUUCACCGACGACGAUAAGCACGACCACCUCUCCUGGGAGUGGAACCUCAACAUCAGGAAAGAUUGGAAAGAC